AGGACAUGUGUAAUUGAUUUGCUCAAUUUCCAUUGUCUUCCUCUUACUCUAGAAUCUGUGAAUUGUUAGUCACUGAGCAGUCAACCUUCAUUCUACCAGCUUCCGUUAGUUACAGAGCAUAGUCUAUUUUCAUUCUUUCAUCUUUCUUCAUUUGUAACCUUAAACCCCCCAGAACCUGCCCAACAUGGCGAUGACAAACAAGAAGCUGCAGAAGAUGAUGACUCUGCCCAUCAACCAGAUCUUCACUCACCUCAGAAACAAGGAUAAGGUCCAGAUCUGGCUUUUCGAGCAGACCGACCUGCGAUUGGAAGGCAAGAUCGUUGGUAAGACUGAGCUUUAUUAGAGUUUAGAGUAGUUUCUAGAACUUUGAAUUCUUAGAACUUGUUGUUUAGAGCAGUAUGUACUUUUUAGUCUACCAACAAGUUCAAGUAGUUCUUUUACACCGCUCUAUUCUUGAUCAUCCGCCUUUGAUAUCAUUCCACUACAGGCUUCGACGAAUACAUGAACAUCGUUCUUGACGAAGCAGAGGAGUUUUACGUCAAGAAAAACACGAGAAGAAGUGUCGGCAAGAUCAUUUUGAAGGGAGACACGAUCACCCUGAUCAUGAAUACGGGAGCUUCGUCGGGGGCAUGAGCUUCUUGAUGAAAUGGGAAGAAGAUGUUGGCAUCCUCGGAAGUGAGUAAGAUUUGAAGGUGGCACCUUACGUCAUGCUAAGGAAGAAAACUGCUCGUAAGGUGGACGAUUAGAACGUUAUAAUAAUCAUGGCGAUUGCAGCUUCUAUUGCAUCAUAUCCUCCACCUCAAAUAACAAGUUUUUUAUGUUUCACCCCGCGCAACAGCAACACAAACCUGAAGAUUUCGCAAUUUAUGUAUGUAAUUUAAAAGUGGUUGAAAAUGAUCUACCCAAGAAGAAUAAAGUGAUCCUCCUCCAUAUCAAGAAGAAUAAAGGUCUCCUGCAUGCAACGAUAUUGAGUGGACCUCAACUCCACGACUACUUUGAUGUGGCACAACAUCAGCUGCUAGUAGAUAUGCGGACUCAACAAUAUUUCUAAAAGUUGAAAAACAUCCUGUUCAUCUUGACGCGGCGACCAUUGUACUUACCUCGUCCAAGAAAAGGAGCUCGGCUGAACGAGCAGGUCGUGCGUCCCGAGGACCCUGGUGC